AUAUUAUUUACUAUCUCAUGGAAAGAAACUUCUUCCAAUUAUCGAUUCUAUUAUGACUCGUACUAAAUUAGCUAAAAAUAUAUUGAUUGUCACUCAAUUUAUCAUAAACAUAGUAAUAAAUCAAGAAUAUUGUUCGAGUUUCACCGAUAUCAACAAGAAAUUUGUUAAUGGGUUUGCGUGCCCACGGUAUGUAGACAAAAAGAACGAAAUAUAUUGUUGUGGCCAGUACAAUAACAAGUAUUGUUGUAAUGCUGUAGGAAAAUACACCCAAGAGGAAAAAUUUUCCCCCAUAGUCCUGUGGAUAGCGACUGGAUUAUCUAUUCUGUUCAUCAUAUUCAUAACCUUGCUGGUAUGCAUGUAUUGCAAAAAUUGUUUCAUAGCUCAACUUUUGAGACGAAAUAAUCAAAACAUCAAUCAAUGCACAAAUGGGAUCCUGAAAGAAACUAAAUUAGGAUAUUUUUGAUAUAUCUCAAGUCUUUCUGGGCAU